AUGGCCAGAACGACUCCCCUUCUUUCCCGCUUGGGGCCCUCUUGGGCCAUCUUCGGAUAUUGGACCGUUCGGGUGCCCUGUCUUGGGGCUGGGCGGUGCACUCAAAGUCCACUUACUGUCGACUCCUGUGUAUCCAUACCCACCCUCCCAAUCGCAGACAUCUUCACGACGUUACCGAAUGGGUCGGCGGAGUUCGAGGAGCAGCUCGUUGCCAGGUUCGCGCAGAAGGCCCCGAGAGGGCGAGAUCUGGUCGACUCCUGCCCUUGGGGAAGUGCCAGCGGUCACACGGAUGGCUUGCUGGCUGGGCGCUGGGCGCCAACACCAGCGGCCGAUUUGCCAGCUUUUUUCACAGAGGAUGAGAUUGCUUCCCUGCGCGGCACCAAUCCCGCAGACACGAAGAACAACGAUUGCUUGCCAGAUGGACACGCCCAACAUCCAGGUGUCAGUCAGGCCUCCUCUCUCGAGCCCCUCUCCUUGCACUGGUCCGCCUGCGCAGGGGGGGCCUGCCAGGGGAUCCGGGGCGUCGCGCGCUGGAUGGCGGCGGCGGGCCUCCGCGGUCCCCUGCUCUUCGUCGGGGACUCGGUGACGAGGCAGCGGCACGCCGCUGCUGUGUGUGACUUGAUCCGAUCUGGCUGCGUGCUGCGGGAGAGCCGCGGGCCGAAGGCCAUGCAGUGGGAGUGCGAGGAGGGCGAAGGUCGGGUCUCUCUCCGGAUGUCGGCGGAUUUGCGCUUCGUUGAAGUCAGUUCUUGGUCCGGUGCGUUGAAGAGGGAGCUGAACAAUUCCGUCAGAAUUGCGUCUUCUGUCGUUUUAGCUAACAUCGGUUUACACGGCACCGGUUAUUUGCGGGAAGUGCUCGGGAUAUUAUUGAACGCGUCACGCGAUGACCCCUCGACGCGGAUCGUCUGGGCGGAGACUACAGCGACGCAUUUCGAGUACGAAGCCGGUUACUACAGGCAUCAGGUCGAGUGCCUUCAUGCAGAUUUGAUGCGUGGCACUUCAACAUGCAACCUUCCUGCCGACCUUUGGUGCAGUCCCUUCGACAUUCGCGCCUUCGGGAACUCUAUCGGGGCUGGCGGAUAA